UUGGAUUCUAGGUUUACAGCUUUAUAUGAUUUCCCGCGCUGCUUUGUGCCGCUUCUGGCGGUUCUCUGUUUCUCAGGGGUCCCGAAGCUGAAUAAUAAGAUACUGGUUUGUCCAAGAGUGGAAGCAAUGAGGUCUAAAAGACCCUCCUCUAACUCACCAGAACCCGUGCCACCAGUUGUUGAAAGCAAGAAAAAUAAGAAGCUUAAAGCAUUGCGACCGAGCCCAAGUUCCAAGAAGCCUAUUCUAGAGGAAAAAGAACUCGAUAGCUACUCCAUUGAGAUUGAGAGAUUGAGAAAUGAUCCGGCCAAGAUAGAGACAAUGACAGUUGAGGAACUACGGAAAACAUUAAGGAUUGUUAAGGUCCCUGCCAAAGGUCGCAAAGAUGAUCUUGUAUCUGCCUUGAAGUCUUUCAUUGGCAAUCAGACGUGGGGCCAAAUUUCUCAAAUAACAGAAGAACAAGGGUUAUUAGCAGCUCAAAAUUUAUCAGAUAAAGAAGACACAGUGGAUGAUAUGCUGUUAGGAUCUGAUGGCAAGAAUGUCAAAGUGGCAACCAAGAAGAAGAUGGCAGUGAAAUGUGAAGUGUCAGGUUGGGAACCUUCCCGGGAAAAGAGAAAAGCAUCUGCUGACAUUGUAGGUGAUGUUGCACAAUUAGAACAACUCAAUGCACCCAUUGCUUUAAUUGAACCAUGGACUGUCCUUGCACACAAGAAGCCACAGAAAGGAUGGAUUGCAUAUAAUCCUAGUAGUAUGAGACCUCCACCUCUUGCUGGGGAUACAAAAUUUAUCAAGAUUUUGUCUUGGAAUGUCAAUGGAUUGAGAGCUUUGUUGAAACUAGAAGGAUCUUCAGCACUUCGACUGGCCCAAAGGGAAGACUUUGAUGUGUUGUGCUUGCAAGAGACUAAAAUACAGGAGAAGGACAUUGACGCAAUCAAAACCUCCUUAAUAGAUGGCUAUGAGAACAGUUUCUGGACAUGUAGUGUGUCUAAACUUGGUUACUCUGGAACAGCGAUAAUCUCAAGGAUAAGGCCACUUUCAGUCAGAUACGGCUUAGGCAUACCAGAUCAUGAUGGUGAAGGGAGAAUUGUGACUGCAGAGUUUGAUUCAUUUUAUUUGAUUUCUGGAUACGUCCCUAAUUCUGGAGACGGAUUAAAAAGAUUGUCUUACAGAAUUACUCAGUGGGAUCCAUCUCUCAGUAAUUAUAUGAAAGAGCUGGAGAAGUCGAAACCGGUGAUUUUGACUGGUGAUCUAAAUUGUGCUCAUGAGGAGAUAGACAUAUAUAACCCUGCUGGGAAUAGAAGAAGUGCUGGUUUUACGGAUGAAGAAAGGAACUCUUUUACUGAAAACUUCUUAUCAAAGGGAUUUGUGGAUACCUUUAGAAGGCAGCACCCUGGGGUAGUUGGAUAUACUUACUGGGGCUAUCGACAUGGUGCGCGCAAAACUAACAAAGGGUGGCGACUGGACUAUUUCCUUGUUUCGGACUCCAUAGCUGACAAGGUUCACGACUCCUACAUUCUACCCGACGUAGAAGGUAGUGAUCAUUGCCCUAUUGGCCUUAUUGUCAAGUUGUAGCACUCCUAAAACACUUUAGCUGAUCUUGCAGUGGCAUUGCCUACUUACCCCUACCAUGGGAUUUUUGUUUUAUCAUUUUUGUUUCAUGUAAUUUUUGUUAAUUACUGAGCCAUGACAUAGUGGGGACCGCGAAGUUAAAACUAGUAACAAAUCUUACUGCA